AGAGAGAGGCUACAGAGCUACAGACUCGCUAAGCAGCAACGACGACCUGCAGAAACGGAGCAUCCGAGCAGGAAAAAAGAAAAAGAAGAAGCAGGAACCAAAUUAUUUAUCUUAGUGUGUAUUUACAAUGUUCCUGACAACAUUUCUACACCGCCUGAUUUGAUUUCAUCGAAGUUGCUGUCCCCACCUCCUCCAGACGUCGGCUGCAGAAACCAAAAAUCCAGAAAUUAAUGCAUCCUGCUGCGCGGUCCUGUUUGUUUUGACCUGUGAAGCUAGAAAGGAAUCCUGCAAGAGGGAUUAGCGGUCCGUCAAUGAGGAACUACCGGCUCAUCUUCUGCCACAACCUGAAGCAGCCCUAGAUGGUUCAGCGGUUCACUGGUCAGAGGAGGAGAGGAUAGGACACACUUUCACUGCUACACGACGUGAGGUCUUGGCGGGGCUGUGGUGAGGAGGAGGUGGAGGCCAUGAGGAAGAGCGUGUCUCCGUUGCCAGGCAAUGAGGGUGGGAGCUCAGCCGGCACCACGCGGGUUUUUGGCGUUCCUUUGGAGGAGGUGACACGCACGCACACAAUCAGCGGCCAUGAGGUUCCUGCACUGGUGAAGCGCAUCGUGGAAUACAUCGAGGAGCACGGUCAUCUGGAUCUGGAGGGGCUCUUCCUGGUAAAUGGCAACGCAGAGCGCGUGGAUUGGCUGCGCCAGCGUUACGACAGUGGAGAAGAGGUGGAGCUAGAGAAGGAGGCGGACCUGGCGUCAGCUGUCAGUCUGCUCCGACUCUUCCUGCAGGAGCUUCCUGAGCCCGUCAUCCCGACAUCCAUACAGGGACACAUACUACAGCUGCACCAAGAUUACAGCAAUGAAGAGGAGCUGUGCAGAAACCUGAAGUACCUCCUGCAGCAGCUUCCCCAGCUCAACUACGGACUGCUGCGCUUCCUGUGCCGCUUCCUGGCCAGCGUGGCGUCGCUCCAGCAGGAGAGCUGGAACAUCGGGACGCUGGCCGCUGUCUUCGGUCCAGACAUCUUCCAUCUGUCAACAGAAGCGGAGGACCUUCGAGACCAGGAGUCCGUCAGCAGAGUCCUCGCUGAGCUGCUGGACAACCAGGAGGGCCUGUUCGACUCUGAGGACGAUGACGUCUCCACCACCAACGACUACAGCUCCAUCAAUGAACAGAUCACCGAGCUGCUGGAUGACGAGAGGUGUGAGGCCGAAUGUGAAGAGCUGCCUCAGGACGGAGACGAGGGUCCAUCCUCCUCUGACUCACCACAACACACACACACUGACGAAGGCCCCGCAGUCAGCUCCCACCUCUCCCCUAUAUCCAUCCUGCCUGCUGACUCUGCUGAGAUUAUUCAGCGCACCAUCAGAGCUGCAGUGGAGCAUCACUUCUUUGAGCUGAAAACAUCCAUCGACCAAGACCUCAGCAACUACGACAGCCAGGGGGUGAGUCCCAGUGAGCCUGCAGACCAGAGCUGCCAUGAAAACGAGGAGCAACAAACUGACCCUGAGGACAGUCCCUGCAACACAGAAGGGGAAACCCCGCUCACAGCGACCGAGCAGCACAUGCAGCAAAGCCAGAAUGACACACAGGAUACGUUGGACUCUGGUGCCUCCCUGGAGGAGAGCUCGGGGAUGGACCUUGAUUCAGAGGCCGUCACAGACGCUGAGAACAACAUCAACACUGCCAGGCAGGACAAUCAACCAUGUGACAUCAUGGAGCAAACUGAGAGCGACGCCAUGUGCUGUGACUCGGAUUCAUGUCUCUGUGAUCAGAACGCCAACACCCAUGAGACCAACAGGAACCUCCUGUCGCCAUGCCAACCAAAAUCUGGCCAAAACCCCCAGCUCCAGCUCUUCCCGGACAACCAAUGGGAAGCGUCGCCCCCCUCCCAUCUCCACCUCCCUCCCAUAGACUUCUCAUGUAUGCAUCUGCAGAAAGAAGGCCAAGACCCCGUCCCGGCUUACAAAUCCUGGCAGGACGACAGCGAGAGCGGCGAGGCGCAGCUCUCCCCGCUGGCCGGUCGCAUGGUACCUCUCCCCCUGUUACCCCUUGAAGGUGAAGGCGAGGAGGACGAGGACGAGGGAGGGCAGGUCGCCUCCCCCUCCUCUUCCCGCGCUCACCCUCACCUCCUUGCGCGUCGCUUUCUCGACUUCGGGGCGCACGGAGCCCAGCGGUUUCUCCAACAGGACCCGGACGCCACCUCACCCACCAAAGCACAGAGGCCGCGGCGAGCAUCGUUUGGCUCCAAGGAGGCGAUGAGGAGCGGAGAUUCAGUGACCCACCAACUCACCAAGAAGCUUCAACACCUGAAGAAGAAAAUCAAACAGUUUGAAGAGCAGUUUGAGAAGGAGAGAAAUUACAAGCCCUCUCACGGAGACAAGGCAGCUAACCCCAAAGUUCUCAAAUGGAUGACGGACCUCACCAAGAUCCGCAGGCAGAUUAAAGGACGCCAGCACCACCUUUUACCCAGAAGCACGCUGAGGCACCAGGCUUUGCUCCAUUCAUACAGACGCCACCAUGCUCCCUUCUCCCCUUCCUCCUCCUCCUGCUCUUCCUCAUCCUCCUCCUCCUCUAUCUGCUCACCCCCCCAUCACACACUCACCUCCCAACCCCAUCCCUACUCAGGCCUGAGCUCUAGACUGUUUCACCUCAAUGCCAAACAACGUGCAGAGAGCGAGCUCGGCCCCCACACUCGUCCCCGGAGCAACACCUUACCCAAGAGCUUCGGCUCCACGCUGGAGCACGGCGCCUGCGACGCGGCUGGGGAGGCGAAGGGUCCCACCAGAGAGGAAACACUGGAGCUGAUCCAGUGCAGGGUCAAAGGGAAGAGGCAGGAGGACGGCUGGCCUGAUGACAUCAAGAAGAUGACGAAGGAGCAGCUAUCCUGUGAGAAAACGGUCCUACAGAAGAACCUGCUGCACUAUGAGGGCCUGCAUGGUCGACCGGUGACCAGAGAGGAGCGUCUGGUGGUGAAGCCUCUUUAUGAUCGCUACAGAUUAGUCAAACAGAUGCUCACUAGAGUUAGUAUCACACCUCUCACAGUGUCGCCCUCCAGUAAAAGGCGGAGUCAGACCCUCCAGCCAAUCAUUGAAGGUGAAACCGCUCACUUCUGGGAGGAGAUCAAAGAGGAGGACGAGGACGAGGGGAAAGAAAAAGAAGGAGGAGGAGGAGGAGGAGACCAACAGGAGAGGAAGGAGGAGAGGGAGGAGGAGGAAGAAGAGGAGGAGGAGGAAGAAGAGGAGGGAGAGAGCAGCGGCGGGGAGAUGCAGAGCUCCGAGGUCAUCAUGGCCGUCGACAUCGUGACCCCGACUGACGGAUCGAUGGGGAGCCAGAACCAACCAGACAGAGCCAAGAUGGAGGAGGGGUCCGGGAGGCUGGCACAGGACCUGCGGCUGUCCAGCUCCAACGCCUCGUCCAUGCCAGAGCUGCUGGAACAGCUGUGGAAGGCCAGAGCAGAGAAGAAGAAGCUGAGGAAGACCAUCCGAGAGUUUGAGGAAGAUUUUUACCAGCGAAACGGAAGGAAUGUCCAGAAGGAGGACCGGGUCCCGAAGCUGGAGGAGUACAGAGAGUACAAGAGGAUCAAGGCCAAACUCCGCCUCCUGGAGGUUCUGAUCAGCAAACAGGAUUCCUCCAAAUCCAUCUAGACCCCCCCCCCCCCCCCCCCCCCUCAGAGACCGAACGUCACUGCCGCGAGGACCCGCCCUCAUCAGUCCGUCAGACGUCACACCACAAACCACGGGGCGCUCAGCAUCCCUCAACGUCUCAUCAAGACGAGCGGAGGACGCCCACUCGGACUUCAACACGUGCUGCAUUCAUGUCGGGGAGGAAACAGAAUAAAAGUGACAAAUAUUUACCGUCUUUCACCUCGACCUGCAGUUUGACAAAUGACUUUGAUUCAUGACUCAGACCAGGAAAAGACGAAGCAACGAGUGAGUCAGUAAAAAACAAACAGCUCUACGUCGUCGUCGUCUCAUCAAAUACGGACGACCUUUGAUUUGAAUCAUCGCUCUAAUUUGACAAAUCAUGUGAUCAAACAUGUCAAAGAAAUGUUUGAGCUGCUUUUGGACGGAUCGGGCCGCUCUUUAAAAAAGUGACAAACGUUAGACGGGCAUUUUUACAACUUUUUCCCCGUGUCAUGAAUGCAGCACCAACACCAGUUCACCUUCUAGAAUCACGCCUGUCUGCCACAGCUGCUCACCGCUGCCUCGUCUGACUUCAUUAAAAAAAACACAUGAAGAAGAAGAAAAGGAAUCAUCGUCUUCACCUGAACUGUGUUUGUGUUCGGCGGCGGCGGCGUCGUGGUCGGACGCUCCGCUCACGACUCGUCGACUUCUGAGAAGAAAACGACCAAACUUUCAGAAACUUUUCUUUUGUUGUUGUUCUGUUUUUUCUUUUUUUCUUUCACUCUGAGGAAUUUCAUUGGACAGCUCGAGGACUGGCAUUUCAGACACUCACACAGACUUUUCUUUUUCUUUUUGUUUGGCGUCCACGUCCGCCUCACUUAAGGGAGUCAACAUUUGUGGCGUCUUCGGUGCGAGGCGACUCGUUCUUUUUUUUUUUCUUAAGCGUCCCGGAUGUUUUCACCUUCUGACUGAUUUUAAAAACUCAUUCACCUUUUUUCAAAAACAAGUUCAUGUGGUUAUUGUUCAGGUAACGUGUACACACACACACACGUUGGAGAGACGCUACUGGUCACCGUGAUGAAAGAGAAUCUGCGUUCCAGUUUGACCUCGGAGCUGUUUGAGAGACUGUUGUUCAUCGUUUUUUAAAAUGUCCUCUCCUUUGGCAUCACCAGGUUGUCGUAGAUCAUCAAAUGUAAAACUGUUUCCCAUGAGCCUUUGCAGAAACGCUGCCCUCCAGAGAGGCGGAGUCAGUGGAAAAGUUUGUAAACACAACAUUCAAACUAAGCCCCUCCUCCUCCUGGGCUCAACACACGCCCCCUGCAGGACGUAGUGUGUACGUUUACUGCUUGUACCUACACUUCAAUCUGAAAUGUAUCCACUCCUAAACUCACCUGCUGCGCUCUCAUUGGCUGGAGGAAACACACCAGCUCCGCCCAGAAAUGUCCCGAGUCAACCAGAACAAAUCAGAACAGUAAAAUCCAGUCAGAGGACAGAGUCUCUGCAGACACAGUCACCACCACACAUGUACGGAGGCCCAGAAGGGACAAUGGAGCAGCUUCACUUUAGGAGAAGUCUGUGUUUUAUUUUGAAGGAACGAGCUGCUGACUCAGCGUUACACUGAAGGUGCUCAUGGGAAACAGUUGUUCUCAGAUGAGGAGAUUUUCUAACGUUGAUGGAUUUGUUUGCUCUCUCUUCUUUUCUGUGUUUUUUUUUUUUUUACUCGUCUCUUCAUUUGUUCCGUUCGCUGCAUUGAGGUGUUUCAGAUUCUGAGGGAUUUUUUAAAAAGGUGUGAUAGUCGCCGAGGAGAGGAGAGCCAGUAUCUGGUCGACUUUGCUUCUGCUGCUUCUCUGAAAGCAUAAAAAAAAAGAAAAAGGAAUUGUGGGGGUUAGGGUCUUUCUCUCAGACGUUGCUGUGCAGCUGUCUGAUCAGGUCUCUGAAGGUCUCGAUGGUCGGAGUUUGAUUGUAGCUUUAAAGGCUGUGUCGUGCCAACACUGCCAGCACUGAUUUUAACCACAGAAGAAGAAGCUUCAUCUGACAUUCCCCCCCCGCCGCCCCCACCUCAAAGUGGUGCGUCUGAUUAGCUAAGAAGGCUACGUAUGAACAGCUAGCAUGAGAAACGUCCCCGCAGCGUGUCAUUUCCUGCUGGCGGGUUAAAUGAGGGCGGGCUCCGAGUUAGUCCUGGUCAGUGUUUCUUCUUCUUCUGGAGGCCAUGUCGUCGAGAUGAUUCAAAAACGGGGGCGAGUAGUUUCCCUCGUUAGCGGGUGGGGUUUUUAAAUCUUCUAAAAAACGUUCUAUUAUCAGAACGCCUGCGGCUCGUCGAGUCGCUCUGAGGCCAUAAAGACGGAGUCGACGGCGGUGGUGCGUGCUGGCGUCGGCUGUGAAGAAUUCUGAAUGAGAUUUUGUGUUUUGUGGACGCUCGUGAAGAACAUGAGGGGGAGGGUUCGUUUGUCGGGGAAACCUUUGGAGGUUUGAUGUCUAAAAAGAAAAGAGGAGUUAUUUGCACAGCAUUCCCUGAAUGCAGCCCUUUUUGUGUUCUUUCAUUUGUAUUUCUAAAGAUGAAGCACUACUUCUAUACAAAUAUAAAUAUAUACUGUACAUAACAAAGAAAAAAAAAGAGAAGAAGAAACACCCGAAGGAAUGAAUGUCAGAAAUGUUUAAAUUAUUUCAAACAUCACGUUUGGCCCCCGUUGGUUCGUUCUGUUUGUGCUGCCCUGAGAAUGUGUUUUUUUAUUCUAAUAAUUCUAAAUAUUGCUCUUACUAUCAUAACCAUUCUUUCUGUGUGUUCAUGACAAUGAUAAUAAGCGUUUUUGUAUCUACUCACAAACUGUAAAACCAGCUGUAGAAGUUAGUCGUGCACUGUGUGUGGCUAAUGGAACACCGCCCUGCUCUGAUUGGUCCCCUCGCUCCGUGUUGAUAUAAUAAGCUAAUCUAGCAGCAGUACUGUAGUGAGCUUGCAUGGCAUAACGAGAACAUGUAUGAAAAACAUGACCUGUUGUUUUCUGUUGUUUGUGCCAUGAAGAAGCAGCAAUAAUAAAAGUUUGCCUGAAGGUUUGACAGAA